AUGUCAGAAUACUUUUCUAAAUUAGUAUUGAUUUCUUCUUAACUUUUAGUUUAGAGCAUCCAGUCCUAAGGCUAACAUGCGUCACUCCUAAAGUAUGUAAACAAUCAAUUGUACGAGUUAGGAAAACAAAUCCCUAAAGAUUUUGCUUAACAAAUCCUUGACAAUGACAUUAUAUUAGUCUUAAGUGAAUACACAAACGAUGAUGCUCUUAGAAAUCUAAUUAAUUUGUAUAUGGUAAUUUUCUUUCACAUUUAUAUUCAGCUAGGAGUAGAACACUUUAAAGAAAUACAAGAUUAAUCAUACAAAUAUUUUCAAAUUCAAUUGAAUAAAUUAAUACUCAAUCCCGUUGUCACUCAGCCGUCAGUACCUCCUUAAUAGAAGCCUCAGGAAUCUCCAAAAAUUCAGAAAAAAAAUCUGCCUCCCCCUAAAAUAGAUGUUAAUAUUCAUCAAAACGAUUAAGAAAAUUAAGAUCAAUAAUAUUCAAAGACUGCUGUAGUUAUGCGAGAUACUAAAGCUUCUACGUUCCAUUUUAAUGAAGACUCUGUUACUGAAACACUCAAUUAGAAAAUAAAUAAUAAGCAUAGCAUUAAUAACACCUCAAGUGUUGAUUUUGAUAAUGAAUAAUUCCAAAAUGAUGUACAUAAUAGAGUGUAAUCACAAUAAGACGAACGAAAAGAAAAUAUGACAUUAGAUUUGAAGCAAUAGCUAUUUUUGUUUGAUGAAAAUAAAGAAGCAAGUGAUUUAAUCGAUUAAUACAAAAGUGAUUAAUAAAAAAUUGAAAAAAUUAAAAAUGAUUAAAUAAGUAAAUAAACAACAGCUUUCCUUAUGAAAUUAUCACAAAGAAACAAUAAAAAAAAAAUGAAUACCUAAAUAGUUACCAAUAUUAAUAGGUAUAACUCACAACCUGCUUUACAAAAUCAAAAUGGAUAUAAUUCUGAAUAACGUCCUAUAGAGGAGUAAAUAAUAUUAGAAGAUAAAAAUGAAUCCAGCUCUAAAAUCACCUCUAGCGACAAGAAUACUAAAAAAUUUUAAUUUGAUGAAUUAUAGGAUAGUUGA